UUUAUUUAUUAGUGUAAAUAUAACAGGUUUUAUUAUCUAUUGGUGGAGUUGAUAUUGAAUUGAGAAAUCGUACAAAAUGGUACGAUCCAAAAACGGAACAAUGGCAUUUUGGACCAGAACUGCUUACAAUCCGUCACCGAGGUUGUGCAGCAGUAGUUAACGAUAAUUUAGUGUUUACUGUUGGUGGUUCCGCAGAAUAUUGUGAUACUCUUCGGUCUGUCGAAGUGCUUGAUUUGUCUUCGGAAUCACUCUGUUGGAGACCAAGUUUUGAAAUGUUAGUUGAACGAGAUGCUUUGGGAGUUGGUGUUAUCAAUAAUGACAUAUAUGCCGUCGGUGGAUGGAAUAUUUUUGAUGAUUCAUUAUCUAAUGCAGAAGUUUUUGACAUCCAUACUCAAGAAUGGCGUAUGAUAUCAAGUAGGUCUACUGCAACAUCCUAUCACGGGGUCGGAGUCCUGAAUAAUAUUUUAUAUGCGGUAGGGGGACAUAACAAAUUAUCACAGGCUUUAGACACUGUGGAAUGUUACGAUCCCAGUCUCGAUACAUGGACACCCGUCGCAAAAAUGUCUGUGUGUCGCGAUGGUGUUGGAGUAGGAGUUUUAGACGGUGUACUGUAUGCUGUGGGUGGUAAAGAUGGAUCAAAAGCUCUGAGUAGUGUUGAAGCAUACAGACCAAGUACGGGAGUUUGGAGUACUAUUGCGGACAUGCAUAAGCCUCGAAGACAAGCAGGAGUUGUUGCAUUAAACGGUUUAUUGUAUGUCAUUGGUGGACUCGACGACACUUUUUUUGUGCAUUCUAUAGAAUUUUACAGCCCUGAAACCAAUUCCUGGACAAUAGUCGCAGCGUCAACGGAAUUUUUACAUACUUCAGCAGGAGUAGCAGCCAUUAACAGGCAUCGAAAUUUUAAAAGUCAAUAGCAUUCAUGAUUUUUCCUUGAUACAAUAAAUAAAUGAUUUCGUAUAUUGUUACAUUGUA